CUCUCUCUGCACUUCUCUGAGGAAGCAGGACCCAGGCGCUGCUGCUCUCCUCCUGGGCGAGGUUGGACACCCCCAGGCAAGUGGGUCUGGCUCUGGUAUUGCUGGAUAAACCAAAUGAAUUCAGGCAUAAAGAAAAGUGAACACAAAAAACAAAAACCCCAGUGAAUCCAGAGGAACAGAGCUCCAGAACUGGGCGUGUCCUCUCAACAUGGCCUCCACCACCUCCCCUCUGCCGCCCACCACCGAGGUUGCAAGUUCUGAGAACAGCAGCUCCUUCUAUGACUAUGAGUACUACCUGGACCAGGUGGCUUUCAUGCUCUGCAGGAAGGAUGAGGUGGUAGCCUUUGGCAAGAUCUUCCUGCCAAUCUUCUACAGCCUGAUCUUUGUGCUGGGUUUGGGCGGGAACCUCCUCCUUCUAGUGGUCUUGCUUCGGUAUAUACCUCGCAGGCGGAUGACUGAGGUCUAUCUGCUGAACCUGGCCAUCUCCAACCUCCUGUUUGUGGUGACACUGCCUUUUUGGGGCAUUUCCGUGGCCUGGCAUUGGGUCUUUGGGAGUUUCUUGUGCAAGAUGGUGAGCACCCUCUACACCAUCAACUUCUACAGUGGCAUCUUCUUCAUUAGCUGCAUGAGUCUGGACAAGUACCUGGAGAUUGUCCAUGCUCAGCCCCACCACAGGCUGAGAACCCGGGCCAAAAGCCUGCUCCUGGCUGCCACGGUAUGGGCUGUGGCCCUGGCCGUCUCCAUCCCUGACAUGGUCUUUGUGCAGACACAUGAAAACCCCACAGGUGUGUGGAACUGCUAUGCAGAUUUUGGGGGUCAUGCGACCAUCUGGAAGCUCUUCCUGCGUUUCCAGCAGAACCUCCUGGGGUUUCUCCUUCCGCUCCUUGUCAUGAUCUUCUUCUACUCCCGCAUUGGCUGUGUCCUGGUCAGGCUGAGGCCCCCAGGCCAGGGCCGGGCUCUAAGGAUCGUCAUAGCGCUGGUGGUGGCCUUCUUUGUGCUGUGGUUCCCGUACAACCUCACCUUGUUUCUGCACUCACUGCUGGACCUGCAAAUCUUUGGGGAAUGUGAGGUUGCCAAGCGGCUAGACUAUGCUCUGCAGGUGACCGAGAGCAUCGCCUUCCUUCACUGCUGCUUCACCCCCAUUCUCUACGCUUUCUCCAGCCGCCACUUCCGCCAGUACCUGAAAGCUUUCCUCAUCACUGUGCUCAGGCGUCAUCAGGCCCCUGGCCCAGCACAGGCCCCACUGUCCAGCUGCUCUGAGAGUACCAGGCUCACAGCCCAAGAAGAAAUGACCCGCAUGAAUGACCUCGGGGAGAGGCAGGCUGAGCUCUCCCCCAGCAAGAGUGAUAUGGGGGAAAAUUAAGCCUGAGUGACCAUACCACAGUCUGGCGAGAGUGGAUGGGACCUAGCUCUGUUGGGCAUCCACCCAAAGCCGUCUUACCAGAGGCUUCAGGGACCAUGUUGCCACACCCUGUGGUCGUCCAGGAAACCAGACUCUCGCGUCCGAAUUGCUAGAGUAGCUUCCCAACCGACCGCUGUGCUUCUUGUCAUCAUGCUCUCCUGUCAUCUGAUCUGCACCCACAGGCCAGAAUGAUUACCUCACCCGCAGCCAUCACUCCAGUCUUCCUCAAAGUACCCCAGAUCUGCUAUCCACCAUUUGGCUCCCUUCCCUGGAGCUGAGCUGGGGAAUAACUGGGGCAAUA